CGCUGGGAUCGCUGCUGCUAUUUGCUCUUUGCACGUCCAAAAGUCAUGGAUGGAGUGAUCUGUGAGCAAACAUGCUGUUUUCUGUCCUGCAGUCUCGCGCGCCGUGUGGAAAGCGUGGAAAUCAACGCGUCUUAUUAACAGGAACUGUUUAAGGUUUAAAAUUGUGGAGUUGAGUGUAUUGUGAACCUCCAGUGUUUAUUCUGACAACACCUAACUGAUCUGGCAUCGACAUGGCUUCGGGGCAAGCAGAUGUACCAGAACUUGAGUCUGGCAUGCCCUCGGGCCUUUGUGGGGUCCUGUCAUGUCCCAUUGGAAUGAUGCGGCACAACAUCAGCUACGAUGAGCACAUAGACAUCCCCAUGCAUUCACCCCCUCCAGACAUGACAGUCAAUGUCUUUUGGAAAGAUCAUCCCAUCGUCCCUCAGCACAGGUUUAGGAACACAGUCGAGGUGAGUGAGAACGGUGACAAGCUCCAGACACAAGAGGCACAAACACAACCCAAGUCCCCGACGCCUGCUGUGAAAGCCAAGGCCACCACAUUAAUGACUUCCCUUAUGACGAAGCAAACACAGGAAAACCUCCAAAAGUUUGAGCACCAAGCAGGACUGACAGAGAUGGUGUAUUCACCCCACAAGGGCCUUUCAGCCGAGGAGACCCUUCUUCAUCGACUAGCUGAUGGCAAACAGCCACAGAAGUUGAGAAUGUCAAGCGGGGACUUGAAGGAGGACAGGCUCUUAACAUCUGCACAAUCUACCCCCAGUGGCACCCCUUCUGUCACCCCUUCUGUUACCCCCAGCGUUAGUCCCCACUCAUCACCAGCUCUUAAUCGCAGGAACUGGUUGAAUCCAACACCUUACCUUUCAUCUCUAGAGCCUAACAGACCAAACCUAAACACAGGCAUGGGAGGAAAUGAGGGAGGAGGAGGAUUAGAUCGGUGGAACUUUUUUGGGAGUCGGUCUGUGGUACCCAAGUCUCCCACAGAUCCUGGCUCUGAAACCAGCACAGGCUUCUCGCUGCAGUCCUACUUUGGUCUUCAGAAGUCCUCCACCAUGGACGGCACCAACCCCCAGAUCAACCUUAAGGUGGAGGACCCUGCCCAAUUCAUGGCCCCCAAAAUUGAAAUCUCAGGCGUGGAUCCCAAGCGGGUUUCGCCACGACCACACAAACUUAAACCUCGGGACAUGAAUGUUUUAACACCUUCAGGCUUUUGAAGAAAGACCACCUGUCCUUUUUUUCCCCUUCAUUCAUCUGGUUGCUCCUGUGCUUCCUGUCUACUUGAGCACCGAGUCCCUAAAGCUGGGAGGAAUGAGGACCACCUACAGCCCAUCAGCUUCAGGGAUGUCGUCGUACUCUUGCCCCUCCCAGCAGACCGGUUCUACCCUCUAAAUAGUCUUGCUGAUAACUCAAAGGUCCAGUGAAAACUAAACUGAGAAGAUUUUGUCACACCUGGAGGUGAUUUUUAACAUGUUAGCGCCAUUACCUGGGCUCAUUUGCUUUGCUGUCCUCAUCCCUUCAUCUGCAGUAAAUGGAAAUAUCUUGUCAGCCUUUUGUAAACGUGACUUGCUUUACUUAGCAUUGCUCUUCAUGCCAACACUGACAACAUAUUUCAGUUAAUGCUCAGAUGCCCGCCCCGUUUUUACUUUUAUAAUUCAAAGUUUAAAAAGCUGAUGUGUAUAUUGUGUAGUGCUUGUUGCUGUCAGCAUGCUGAGAAUAGUUUAGUGUGUGACUGAUGACGUGCCUAAACUUCCAACUUUGUUUUUUAUUAUGUGGAAGCAUCUUAUUGUCCUUUAAAAUGACUUUUAUUUAGAAAUGAUUUUUAUAAAUAUUUGAAAUAAUUUUUGUCCAUAUCGUCCUGCUUCGAGUCAGCUUUUUGUUCCGCCGGUAGUAUGAUGUGAUUUGUGGUUUAUGGGACAACAUUAUGACCGCUAAACAAGCUAAAACAUUAGCAUUUAAGUGAUUCAUUUACAUUUCAGGUUUCUCAUGCCUAAGAACUUUGCUGGUUUGCUGGAAAAAAGUUUAAUUCUGCCAAGUAAUUGCACAAGGGAGAGGUUCUCCCACUUGCAUAUCUUAAUAAAUAUAAUCAUAACAAAUAAA